AACCAACUAACCUACUAAAAUAUAUAUUAUAAACCUAGUGAAGUUUAUAGAGAAGAUUAGCUUAGCACUACCACUCUAUAAAAACACUCUUUUUUUUCUUCUUCUAUAUUUUUUUUUCCUCUUUUGGUAGAAAAUCUGAAUCAAAAAUGGCUUCAAGGAUGUUAUGGGCUUCAAGGGCUGCUUCAUACCUAAGAAUCUCUGUCUUCAACAGAGGCUUUGCUUCUGUUGUGAAGGAUUUUAAGUAUGCUGACUCCCAUGAAUGGGUGAAAGUGGACGGAAAUUCGGCUACUGUAGGCAUAACAGAUCAUGCUCAAGAUCAUUUAGGUGAUGUUGUGUAUGUUGAAUUGCCAGAAGUAGGGGCUUCUGUAUCACAAGGAGAAAGUUUUGGUGCUGUUGAAAGUGUCAAGGCAUCAAGUGAUAUUUAUUCUCCUAUAUCAGGAAAGGUGGUCGAAGUCAAUGAGGAGCUCAGCACAUCACCUGGUUUGGUCAAUGCAAGUCCAUACGAGAACGGUUGGAUGAUGAAGGUCGAGAUAAGCGAAUCGAGUGAAGUGAAGAAGUUGAUGGACUCUGAGCAGUACUCAAAGUUUUGUGAAGAAGAAGAUGCAAAGCACUGAUUAAUGCAAUGCCAUAUGCCCCAUUCAUGACUUUGUUAUUAUUACAUCCAUCAAUCUAAGAAGAAGCCAAAAAGUGGAGUUUUUCUAAUUUUUAUUAUCUGUGUUUUCAUUUCAUUACUUCCAUGUGAGCCAUCAUAAAAAAGUAAGCUUAAUGUUUGCAUUCAGAUUAAGAAUGAAUCUGUCUUUCUAACAUUUCAUAAAUUUUUAUUGCAUAACAUUUUAGCUUUACCAAAAUAUUAUUUCAAAAUUUGAAGCA